CAAUCAGUUAGCAGGUCGGAAAUGUAAGUAUUUCCGAAUUCCGUCUAGAACGUGAACCUGGCAAUUGUUUCACAAAGCAGAUUGGGGGACGGGAGCACCGGACUGAUGCAGUAGUGAAGAAAUCGUAGCAGAAUGGCGGAGAGGUGGCUACCUUUUUCGAUCAUAUUUCUAGGAGUUCUCUCCUUGUAUUGUGCUGCGUCGGCUGAUAACAGCGGCAUUAAGAAGAUGAAGAUGCAAUUUGCAACAGGGCCACUUCUUAAAUUCCAAAUCUGCAUCUCCUGAGGGUACAAGAAGGUGUUUGAGGAGUACAUGCAGGUCUUGUACCAGCGGUACCCAGACAUCCGCAUUGAGGGAGAGAACUACCUUCCUCUACCCCUCUACCGACAUGUUGCUUCCUUCCUGUCCAUGUUCAAGCUGGCACUGAUCGGACUGAUCAUCAUCGGCAAGGACCCUUUUGCACUCUGCCGUAUGCAAGCCCCAGGCAUCUGGGUCUGGGGACAGGAGAAUAAGAUUUAUGCCUGCAUGAUGGUGUUCUUCUUCAGCAACAUGAUUGAAAACCAGUGUAUGUCAACAGGAGCGUUUGAAAUCACGUUAAACGAUGUGCCAGUGUGGUCCAAGCUGGAGUCAGGUCACCUGCCCUCCAUGCAGCAGCUGGUCCAGAUCCUGGAGAAUGAGAUGAAGAUGAAUGUACCCAUGGACACACUCCCCCACCACCGCUCCUAACCCUGUCUCAUCCCCCCCGGAUGGAGCCAUAGACCCCUCCACGUUUGAGGUGGGUUUCUCAAUGGACUGUGAGGUGAUGUUAAUGAAGGUCUGCGCUGAAGGCAGGAAGACUGCUAGCUCAGACUGGAUGUCCCCAUUGCUCCUCACCACGCCCCUUUGACGCCCACCCCUCAUGCUGGCUUGGGAUCUAUGGCAACCGCAACAGCCAUUUUCUUGUACUAUUACUACUGCAGAUCAUUCAUCUUGUUGCAAUAAACAUUCCGUUUGGUCUCUUA